AUGUCAAGUCGUUAUGGAAGGUCUGUGAUAAGGUUGGGAAGGUGGCUGAUGUUUAUGUGGCUCGGAAAUUAUCAAAAUUUGGUAAGAGAUAUCGCCUUUGUACAUUUUCUUAAAGUUAAAGAUGAACCAGUGUUGAAAAGAAAACUUAGGGAGAUUUGGAUGGGAUCAUAUCAUUUGUUUGCUUUUGUGGCUCGGUUUAGUCGGGAUGUUAGUAAUAAGGGAGGCUCGAAUGUUAAGAGGAAGGUUAUUACUCCUAAUUCUGUUGAGCAAGUGCUUCGGUCGAAAUUGCAUGCUGAUGCACAGACUAGUUCUUAUGCAAAUGUAGUAAAGGGUGACGGGGGUGUGAAAAACAAGAAAUGCUCGGUUCCAGUGUGUAUUUUAUAG